AUGGGCCAGGUAGAAGAGCUCCCCGACGAUUUCGACGAAUCCCUCAACCUCAACGAGGCCCCCCCAGAGACCACGACCGAGCCUCCCAAAAAUGCCGUCCCCGCCGAAGAAGAACUCGCCUUUCCGAUCAACGAGGAGCGCCUCAAGGAGAUGGAGGCACAAGAUCCGACCGCUCCCAAGAUGCCCCCGAACAUGGCCUCCGUGCGCACGCAUACCACCGACGAGCUGGCCGAUAUGCUGAACAAGACGCCGCUGUUCAUGACCGACAUCAACAAAGCGGGAGAUGAGAACGGCGAGAAUAUCCUAUUGGAUGCGAUCCAGGCCCUGCAGAACGAGGGCACCCGCGGCGACGUCGCGCAGAACUUCCGCGAACAGGGCAACGAAGCCGCCAAGGAGAAGCGCUGGGCCGAUGCGAAGGAGUUCUACACCAAGGCGAUCGCCGUCCUGCUCGCCAAGGAGGACAAGUGGGACAAGCCCGAGGACCAGAAGGAGGAGGACAAGCUGCGGCGCCAGGUCGAGGAGGCGGCCUACAUCAACCGUGCGCUGUGCAAUCUGGAACUGAAAAACUACCGUUCUACGACGCUCGACUGCGCUUCGACUCUGAAGCUCAACCCCCGAAACGUCAAGGCGUUCUACCGUUCCGCCUGCGCGCUGCAUGCCCUGGAUAAGAUCGCAGAGGCCGAGGAUGUGGUGACCCGCGGUCUGGCCCUCGAUCCGAACAACAAGUCGCUGCAGCUGAUUGCACAGAAAAUUGCCGACCGGAAGGUCGUCGUUGAGCGCAUCGCGGCUAAGAAGAAGGCCGAGGAGGAACGUGCGAAGAAGGAAAAGCUUCUUUUGGGCACGGCGCUGAAGGCGCGCCAGAUCCGCACACGCAAGACGGCGCAACCCCCGGAGAUGGAGGGCGCUGGGAUUCGCCUGGCUCCCGACCCGCUCUCCCCGGAGAGCAUGCUCGAGUUCCCCGCCGUGCUACUCUACCACAUGGACGCACAGUCGGACUUCAUCAAAUCAUUCUCCGAAAUGACCAGCAUUGAGGAUCAUCUUGAGUAUAUAUUCCCGCUUCCGUGGGAUACGAAACAGGAGUACACCAUCAAGGGCGUGGAGUGCUUCAUGGAAACGGUGACCGGGGGUCUCAUCAAGGCCGGCAAGAAGCUUCCCCUCCUGCAGAUACUGAGCGGAGGCAAGGUCGAGGUGGUGGAUGAGCUGGUCAGAAUCUACGUUGUGCCCAUCUCCAAGACCGGCAAGUUCAUUGCCGAGAUGAAAGCACGCAAGGAGCAGCAGGGUUGA